GGUUUUUGAGUGCCUUACCAAAAAAUGCCAACGCUUUUAGGAUUUUGUGUUAUUGAUUUCCUGUGGUUAUCCUUGGCUUCGUGUUUUCUCUUAGCUUUUUGUGUCCACAAACUUUCACUUUACCUGCCGACUGGAUGUGAGCAGUCAAAACUGUAUCUAUUAUUCCAGGAUCUAAUCCGAUACGGUAAAACCAAGGGACCACUGAAACGAGACCACUGGCUGCGUGUUUUUCAUAUCCCCAAAAGGUAAUGCCUCGGCCCUUUUGAGGAAAUGGGAAAACAUAUUUCAAAUGUAUUUUAAAUUAUUCACUUCCAUAUAUUUACUUUAUUGAGGGGACGUUUAUCAGCACAAUGUAAUGUAACAGCUGAUCAGAAGCCCAGACUUCGAAUGGCCUUGGAAGACUAGAGCCCCGAUUGAUGAUGAUGAUGACACUUGACUGAGUGUAGGCCACUGUUUUUAAUUAAACCUCUUAUUUGUAGAUGGUUCUGGCACUUCUAUGCAAUAUCUGUUGGCUGGAAUGGUUUGCUUAUUGUCCUGUCACUUCACAUGAUUGUAUGGGGCCAGCAAUUCCCAUCAUGGUUGACUGACAUAUUGGGAUUCCUGACUACUGGUGGACCAGUGGCAGUCAGGCAAGGUAACUUUUCCAGAUUUGGGAUAUUUUAUGGUUACCUCACAUUUUUGUUUUCACUCGCUGUGUUGGCACCUGGUAAGACCAACUCCUCAUAUUAGAUUGUAUGUACCUGUAGAAUACUGACUCAUCUUUUUUAGUUCCACAGGUGUCAGCUGUGCUGGUGCAGGUGUUGUUAUGGGUCCAUUCCCUUAGACGACUACUGGAGUGCCACUUGGUCAGCGUGUUCUCUGAUGGGGUCAUUCACAUUGUUCAGUAUAUAUUCGGCUUGGGCUACUACAUUUUACUGGGACUGACAGUGCUGUGCUCGGAUCCUUUGAUAAUUGAAGAAGGUGAGCUUUGUAUUGAAUUGCUUCACAAUUCACAUACUGCUUGAUGAUCGUUACUGAACAAAAAUAGAAACGCAACAUGUAAAGUGUUGGUCCCAUGUUUCAUGAGCUGAAAUAAAAGAUUCCAGGAAUGUUCCAUAAGCACAAAAAGCAUAUUUCUCUCAAAUUGUGUGCACAAAUUUGUUUACAUCGCUGUUAGUGAGCAUUUCUCCUUUGCCAAGAUAAUCCAUCCACCUGACAGGUGUGGUAUAUCGAGAAGCUGAUUAAACAGCAUGAUCAUUACACAGGUGCACGUUUUGCUGGGGACGAUAAAAGGCCACUCUCUAAAAUGUGCAGUUUUGUCACACAACACAAUGCCACAGAUGUCUCAAGUUUUGAGGGAGCGUGCAAUUGGCAUGCUGACUGCAGGGAUGUCCACCAGAGCUGUUGCCAGAGAAUUGCAUGUUCAUUUCUCUACCAACGUCGUUUUAGAGAAUUUGGCAGUAUGUCCAACUGGCCUCACAACCGCAGACCACAUGUAACCACGCCAGCACAGGACCUCCACAUCCGGCUUCUUCACCAGCUGAUGAAACUGAGGAGUAGUUAUGUCUGGGUCUGGCUCCCCAGUGGGUGGGCCUGGCUCCCAAGUGGGUGGGCCUAUGCCCUCCCAGGCCAACCCAUGGCUGCGCCCCCUUGCCCAGUCGUGAAAUCUAUAGAUUAGGGCCUAAUUUAUUUAUUUAUUUCAAUUAACAGAUUUCCUUAUAUGAACUUUAACUAAGUACAAUUGUUGAAAUUGUUGCAUGUUGCGUUUAUAUAUAUUUUUCAGUGUAUUAUAUGUGAUUGUGAUAUGAUUUGAUAUGCUGCUGAUGCCAGACUGAUGGUGUUGUUUUGAUAGGGAGCCCUGCUCUCCCACUGCUCUCCCAGCUGAGGUGGUACCAUAUGGCUGGAGCUGUGCUCUUCUCCUGGGCCUCUCUGUUGCAGCAUCGCUCCCUGGUCCUGCUGGCCAGACUGCGCACUGGAGGAUCAGGUGAGGUCAUGCAGAUCAGAUGUCUAAAUUAUUAGCUCGAAAUGACUCAGAGAGAGCACACUCAGCAAAUAAAUGUCACUUUAACUCUACCCACAUGUACAUAUUACUUCAACUACCUCAACUAGCCGGUGCCCCCGCACAUUGACUCUGCACCGGUACCCCCCUGUAUAUAUAGCCUCCCUACUGUUAUUUUAUUUUACUUCUGCUCUUUUUUUCUCAACACUUUUUUGUUGUUUUAUUCUACUUUUUUUAUUUAAAAUAAAUGCACUGUUGGUUAAGGGCUGUAAGUAAGCAUUUCAGUGUAAUGUCUGCACCUGUUGUAUUCGGCGCAUGUUGCCAAUAAGAUUGGAUUUGAUCACAUUAACCCUAUCAGUCCCGAGACCCCAGCAAAAUAUUUUAUUUUAUCUGACUUUCAUUUAUCUGCAUGUCCAGCCCUUAUAUUUAGCAUCACAAUGAAGUGUUUUACCUUUUUUUUUUUUUUUGGACAACUAGGGCUACAAGUAGCAAACAAAACAAUUUCACACAAACUUGCAUUUAUGAGUUUUAUUGACAAAUGUCAAUAAAGAAAUGUCAGCCAAAGCAGAAACCUGAUAAAAAAGUUUUUUUUAGGAAUGCUGUAAAUACAGAAAUGGUUUGUUCACUGGGAAAUGAAUAUCCAAAUAGUCAGUGACAACUGUGUGGAGUUUGUGACAGCAACUAUGUGAGCUUAUUACAGUUUAGACACUAUGUCCUGGGAUUUCCUAUGAUCUUCUUUGUAGAAGAACAUCUUACGUUCUAACGACUCUUGUGUGGCUUGUGAGCGUCAUAGAGCAAAAUGUUACAUGUGUGUGUUCGUGAGAGUCUCGGCUUUACAUGGAAAGCUUUUAAUAGUUUGUAGCUCAAACCAUUCGGACUCUGCAUAUGUUUUUGUAUAAAAGACCCGGCCCCGGGCCCCUUCGGGAUCCGCCCUUGUCUCACAAACACUGCUCUAGCUCAGCCCCGGUUAAUCACACAGACUACGGAUGCAGAAGAAAUAGACGAAUCCAAUGGUAAAACCCAGAAGUCUCUAGCUCACACACUAUGUUUAAAAGGGGUUAGAAGUCCCAAAUGUGCCGUCGAUACGGUGGGACUCAUUGGGUUAGCAUCUUUUUAGCUUCCUCAUGGAUAUGUGUUGCAUAAUUUGUAUAAUUUUGUUGUUGUUUUGUUGUUCUCUUUUGCAGGGACAGUAGAGACUCUAGCCCACAGGGUUCCUAGUGGAGGCUGGUUUGAGCUGGUCUCCUGUCCUCAUUACUUUGCUGAGCUGCUGAUCUAUGUGUCUCUGGGGAUUGUGUCUGGCAGUCACACUCUCACCUGGUGGUUCGUUGUCCUCUAUGUGCUCUUCAACCAGGCGCUGGCUGCCCAGCUCUGUCAUGAGUUUUACACAAGCAAGUUUCAGUCUUACCCACAGCAUCGCAAAGCAUUCCUCCCAUAUUUAUUGUAACUGAUGCAUGAUGUGAACUGAUGCCUGAUAUGAAUAAUGUGAUUUAUUUUGUACAACCUAUUUUGCAAGAAAAAUAAAUCUAAAGACAUUGUUUGUUGAAAUGA